ACCGUGUCUUCCUCGUACCCGCACCCGCCAUCGCGCCGUUCGCCGUGUUGCCGCUCCAGCGGCGACGGCCACCCCUGCCGUACACCGCUCCCAGCGAUCUUCUCCACAACGGCCUUCCUUACUCCUUACCUCCUUAUUGACCACAGUGGCUUCCCAAAGAGACAUUGCUCUCGAUACACCGCAACCGCAUGAUCCGGAAGGGCUCUGCGCGCUUGAGCCCGCGCGCGCUCAAGCAAAUCCACGGCAACCUCGUCGUCAGUGGCAUCACCUCGCGCGGCCUGCAGCCCGUGCGCGACAUUCUCCUCUCCUGCAUCGUGUCGUUCCGCGGCGGCAUGGACUACGCGCGCAGGCUGUUCGACGGAAUCCCGCCCCCGGGACCGGACCUCUUCAUGCACAACGCCAUGCUGCGCGGGUACGCGCACGCCGGCGCGCCCCACGCGGCCUUCGCGUUGUACAGCCGCAUGGAAGCGGUGGGUCUGAGGCCCGACGGGUUCACAUUCUGCUACCUCCUCCGCGCCUGCUGUGCCGGCAUCGGCAUGCCGGUUGGUUCUAGCGCUGGGUGGCAGGUGCAUGCCGUCGUCGUGAAGCUUGGGUUCUUGGAGGACGCGUUCGUGAGGAACGCGCUCAUCAAUAUGCACGCGAAGUGCGGGGACUUGGGUGUCGCAGGCACGCUUCUAGGUGAGGCCAGCGAGCGGGACAUCGUGGCGUGGUCGGCUGUCAUAGCUGGGAAUGCGGCCAGAGGUAACCUGGACGUGGCGAGGCAGAUGUUUGAUCAGUGCCGGCACAAGGACGUUGUGUGCUGGAACGUGAUGCUGGGCGCGUAUGCGAAGAAUGGGGAGAUGGAGAAAGCAAGGGAGCUGUUUGAUUGUGCGCCGGAGAAGGAUGUGGUUUCGUGGAACACCAUCAUCACCGGGUACUCAACGCAGGGAAUGCUGGAGCAAGCAUUGGAGGUCUUUGAUGAGAUGAGGGGUGCAGGGUGGAUGCCUGAUGACGCGACUAUUGUUAGCUUGCUGUCGUGCUGUGCAAAUGUAGGGUCACUUGAUGCAGGGAGGAUGAUACAUUCUUGGCACUUGGAAGGCAGACGAUUAAGUAUUUUGACCGGAAAUGCAUUGGUGUCAAUGUAUGCAAAAUGUGGGGAUGUCAAUACUGCAAUGGAAGUCUUUAGCCGGAUGGAGGAGAAAGAUGUUUGGACAUGGAAUUCGAUCAUUGGAGGGUUAGCCUUGCAUGGUCAAGCGGAAAAAUCAGUUCAGUUCUUCAGUAAAAUGCUUGACGAGAAAAUGCACCCAAAUGAGAUUUCUUUCCUAUGUGUUCUCAGCGCAUGCAGCCAUGCCGGACUGGUUGAAGAUGGUCAGAGGUAUUUCUCUCUUAUGAAAGAAAGGUAUGGGAUUGAGCCUAAUGCAAGGCACUACAGUUGCAUAGUGGACAUGCUUGGCCGUGCAGGUCUACUGGAUGAAGCAUUUGCAAUUGUGGGCAGCAUGAGGCAACCAAGUGCAGUUGUAUGGAGGACACUGCUUGGCGCCUGCAGAACCCAUGGGGAUGUGGCUCUGGGAAAGAUUGCUCAGGAGAGGCUUCUUAGCAUAAAUGGAGAUGCAAGUGGUGACUAUGUAUUGCUCUCUGGCAUUUAUUCAUCAUAUGGUGAAUGGUCAAGGGUGGAGACGGUACGGAGAUCAAUGGAUAAAAGAGGGCUAAGAAAAGUUGUUGGCUGUGCUCAGAUUGGCCAUAAAACUGCUGGCCUUUCAACACUGUGACUGUGAUUAUGGGUGUUCUGCACUUCUACUAUUGAAUGGAAAAUGGAAAAGGUGAUAAACGCUCAUGAAUGACUUUUCAUUUCUGCUUGUAUACCAGAGACUGGAAACGUUAGUAGAUCCCAGAUCAGUCAAGUACUCAAGUCAAACCCGCCAUGGUUUCACUGCCAGUAUAGCAGUAGCUUCUAUAUAUGAUGGUACACACCGUCAACCGUCAAGAUAAAAUAGGAGGUACAGAAUUAAGGGCUUAAGGCAACAUUUGAGAUAGGAUAGGAGGAUCAUAGCAAG